UCUCUACACUGUUUCAUUCAUCAACCACACCUCUCAAAAAAGAAAAAAAUGUUGGAAAAAAGGAACCCAGUCAGUUACUAGCUUCUUUCAAUUUAUGGUACUCUGUUGCCUAUACGUUCAACCAAUCCCACCAAUAUCUUCAGUCGGAAAAGCUUUAAUUUAUUACUCUCACAUGCUCUGCUUUGCUCUGUUUCCUUCCCACCUUAAAGAAACAAACCCUGAUUUCCAUUUCCCCCUCCCUUCCAAACCAUCAUUUCCCUAUUCCAAUGGACACUCCAAAUGGCGCCGUUUCCAAGCUCACCGUCCACCAAACCGACCCGAUUCUGGUCACGCCGGCGGAGGAGACGAAAAAAGGGCUCUACUUCUUGUCCAACCUCGACCAGAACGUUGCCGUGAUCGUCCGAACCAUUUACUGCUACAAACCGGCGGCGAAGGCGAACCAAGACGACCCUGUGGAAGUGAUACGGAAAUCUCUGGCGAGGGUUCUCGUUCAUUACUACCCGCUCGCCGGGAGGCUGGCGAUUGGACCGGAAGGGAAGCUCGUCGUCGACUGCAAUGGCGAAGGUGCUCUGUUCGUGGAAGCUGAAGCAGAGUGUGGAAUGGAAGAGAUUGGUGACGUUAGAAGUAACCCUGAUCUCCAAAAUCUUGGCAAGCUGGUCUACGAAGUUCCUGGCGCCGCUGGCAAUGUCCUGAAAAUGCCUCCUCUUGUUGCUCAGGUGACCAAAUUCAAAUGUGGUGGAUUCGUGCUUGGUCUGGCUAUAAACCAUUGCCUAUUCGACGGAAUCGCAGCAAUGGAGUUCGUGAACUCAUGGGGAGAGAUCGCCAGAGGCCUCCCGCUCUCAAUCCCGCCGUUCCUCGACAGAACCAUCCUCAAGUCGCGCAACCCUGCCCAAAUCGACCACGUCCAUGGCGAAUUGCUCGAUGUAGAACUCAAAUUCGAAGACCCAAAAGAAGAAGAAGAUCCCAUGGUCUACAAGUCCUUCCCAUUGACCUUCGAACAACUGGAAACCCUCAAAUCCAAAUCGGCGGCGGGAGGCGGCGACGUGGACCCACUGGCGGAGAAGAAACGCUCCACAUUCGAAGCGCUUUCCGGGUUCGUGUGGAGGGCGCGAACCCAAUCCCUGAACUUCCCGCCCAAUCAACCCACCAAGCUCAUCUUCGCCGUCGACGGUCGAGCCAAGUUCGUCCCUCCUCUGCCCACCGGGUACUUCGGGAACGGAAUCGUGUUCACGAAUUCGAUCUGCGAGGCAGGGGAACUGGUUAAUCAGCCGUUGUCGCGCGCGGCGGGGCUUGUUGGAGAGUCGGUAAGGAUGGUGGACGACGGUUACAUGAGGUCGGCGAUCGAUUACUUUGAGGUUACGAGGGCCAGGCCUUCCAUGGCGGCGACUCUGGUGAUCACGACGUGGUCGAGGCUGGCAUUCGACACGGCGGAUUUCGGAUGGGGCGGGCCGCUUUUCUCCGCGCCGGUGGGGCUUCCGGGGAAGGAAGCGGUUCUGUUUCUGGCGGAUGGGGAAGAGGAAGGAAGGAAGAAGGGGGUGCGUGUGUUUCUCGGGCUGCCGGCGUCGGCGAUGAAGACGUUUGAGAAGUUGGUGAAAGAGGUGUGAUUGGAGUCACUUAUUAAUCUUGGCGAUGCAAUACUGCCGAUUUUAACGGUACGGUGUUUAGUGGCGGGAGAAUGUUUAUUAUUAAAUAAUUGAAUUGAAUAUUAAGAGCGGUAAAAAUAUAUAGAAUGUGCAUUCUUCACUCGAACCAAAUACGAUUAUUAGUUGUAAUCCUGUUAAUAUUUGAAGGUGAAUGUUUAUCAUCGAUGAUAUACUAUUUAUAAUUUUACUUUAUUUUUAUAUCUUGUUAGAAGAAAAUAACACUAGAAAUACAAUUUAAAAUAUAUACCAAAACUCAAAUGAUUGAGGAACAAUA